GCAAGGGUAGAUGAUCAGGCAAGAGCAAAGGGAUGGGGCUGGAAAGGGUGCUUCAAAAGCAGCAAAGGGGUCAGGUAGGGUAAACACACACGGGACAGGAGAAAAAUGGUGGGCCAAAGAGAACCAAGAAAUGACUUUUGUAUCUCAAAAUGCCCUGCUUCUGACUUUUACCAAGCUAGUGGCUGGAGCAUAAGAGGAUGGGGUGCUUUCAUAAGCUCUGAGUCACAGAUACUGCAUCUCCUCCCCUCCCCUCCCCCUCCCCUUAUGUACACCCUUUACUCCUCCCAGGCGAUUUGGUUUCCAUUGGGGAAGUUGGCCCGGACUUCCCUUACAAAGCCACUCCCCAGAGUGAGCUGUAUGGGAAGGGAGGAGGAUAACCCCCCCCCCCCAACUCCACCCCAUGCAAAAAAAAAAAAAAAAGCCAACCCAACAAAACACUCCACUCAACAUUCACAACUCCAGGGGAUUCUGAGUGAGAAGGGCAUUUUAGGGGGCUCCAUGUAGGACUGGAUGUACGGUCAGUGUCUGAGGUCCUGGGAGGAAGAAUAAGAUCUGCCCAUCCUUCUUCCUUAUUUCCCAUCUAGGAGGAGGUCCUGAGUCCCCCUGGGAUGGACCUGCUCGUGCUGCUGCUGGCUCUGGGCCUGGCUGAUGGUGGUUCUACGAUGUCUUCACCCAGCCCUCUCUUGACCUGUGCCUGUGAGAACUAUUACUGCAAGGGAUCUUCAACCUGCCAGGGGUCUUGGUGCACUGUGUGGCUGAUAAAAGAGGCAGAAGGACCCCGAGAGUACCGGGGCUGCAGUAACCACCACUACCAAGAGACAUGUCUGGGACUGCCCACUGAGGCCUUUGCCUAUCGUUGCUGCUCCCAGCCUCUCUGCAACCUCAACAUCACCCUGAAAUUAGCAACCAUACCGGCCACACCAGAGGAACCCCAUCGAACUAACCAACUGCCACUGAUUUUGGGCCCUGGGUUGGCCCUGCUGAUCCUCCUGGGGCUGGGGGCCCUGGGCCUGUGGCACCUCAGUCGGAGGCGUGAGAAACAAAGAGCCUUGCACAGUGAUCUGGGAGAAUCCAGCCUCAUCCUGAAGGCAUCGGAGCUGGGGGACAGCACACUGUGGGAUCUUCUGGACAGUGACUGCACUACAGGCAGUGGUUCUGGCCUUCCCUUCCUGGUCCAGCGGACAGUAGCUCGGCAAAUUGCUCUGGUGGAGUGUGUGGGCAAGGGCCGCUAUGGGGAAGUGUGGAGGGGCUUGUGGCAUGGUGAAAGUGUGGCUGUCAAAAUCUUCUCCUCCAGGGAUGAGCAGUCCUGGUUCCGGGAGACGGAAAUCUACAAUACGGUGCUACUCAGACAUGACAAUGUUCUUGGAUUCAUUGCUUCUGACAUGACCUCCCGGAAUUCCAGUACCCAGCUGUGGCUGAUCACCCACUAUCAUGAGCAUGGCUCCUUGUAUGACUUCCUGCAGCGGCAGCCACUGGACCGAGGAUUGGCCCUGCGGCUGGCCCACUCCAUUGCCUGCGGUCUGGCCCACCUUCAUGUGGAGAUCUUUGGAACCCAGGGCAAGCCAGCCAUCGCCCACCGGGACCUGAAGAGCCGCAACGUCUUGGUUAAAAGCAACCUACAGUGUUGCAUCGCGGACCUGGGCCUGGCAGUAAUGCAUUCUCAAGGCAGUGACUCCCUGGACAUUGGCAACAACCCUCGGGUGGGCACCAAGAGGUACAUGGCGCCAGAAGUAUUGGAUGAGCAGCUUCGCACCGACUGCUUUGAAUCCUACAAGUGGACAGACAUCUGGGCCUUUGGUCUGGUGCUAUGGGAGAUAGCCCGCCGGACCAUAGUGAAUGGCAUUGUGGAGGACUAUAGGCCGCCCUUCUUUGACAUGGUUCCCAACGACCCCAGUUUUGAAGAAAUGAAAAAAGUGGUUUGUGUCGAUCAGCAGACCCCCAACAUUCCCAACCGUCUGGCUGCAGAUCCGUUUCUUUCAGGUCUGGCACAAAUGAUGCGGGAAUGUUGGUACCCCAACCCUUCAGCUCGCCUCACAGCCCUGCGUAUCAAAAAGACCCUACAGAAACUCUGCGCAAACCUAGAGAAGCCCAAAGUGAUACACUAGGCAUCUGGUGCCCAUACCCCCUUUGACCUGGGGAGGGCUGUAUGGAACUGUCUGGCUUGGACCUCCUGAAAUUACAGAGUCUGCUUCUCUUAUUAUCCACGAUCUCAGAAGGAGAAGAAUGGGGAGUGUGGUCCCCUGAGAGGGCAGCUACGGCUGCUGAACUCCACGCCUCCAGCCCCCAGCUCUCCCAGCCAAAAAUAUUGCUGGGUCUGUAAUCUGAUGCCAGGGCAUUUAGCCCAGUCUGAAGGAACAGUCUCCCUGACGCCUGGCUUUCCCCCACCCCCAACACACCCACACUGACCCCUCCUUCCUCAGGAAGCCUAGAUCCCAGCUGGCCCCAGCUGUAGGACAACUAUGCCCUAAGACAUGAUCAUAGGGUAGCUACCAGCUAACCCCACCAACUACGGGGCAGGGAAUUCCUAUUCACUCUGCCACCCACUUCCCCUUGUGCACAAGUGCCCACACCAACACAGAGACAGAAACCCCAUUCUUCUCUGCCUCACCUGCUUCUUGUGCCCUUUGCCAUACCCAGCCCCAAUUUCCCAGGGUCAGCAGAGAGAGUGCAAGGUCCCCAAUCCCUUCCAGAUGGCACUUUUCCAGAGUAAACCUCCUUGUGAACAGCACCACAUCAUAUGCCCCUUGUGCCAUGAGGACUGACCCUAAGUACAACGUGUAUUCUCUAUCACUGACUGAAUCAAGGACUGGACUAGAGCCAGCAUGUCUCCGCCCAAAGGACCUGGUGGACUCAAUGCCAAGGGACCCCUUGCUCUCUCCCAGAUGUCAUCACUGGACAUGGAAUAACAAUUAUGUGGGAAGCCACUUUGGGUUACUAAAUUCUGCCCAAAUCAAAUAUCCUUGACCAAGGAGCAGCCUCUGCCCGAAACCACUUAACCUGGAAUUAAACCACAAAUUUUCAAGUCUUUUCCAGGUCAAUGCUGAGCAAGAGUGAGACUGGUGCAUUUGUUAGCAAGUCACAGAAAGGUGGUGAUGAUAUUGAAAGGUCAGAAAAGGCUAGCAUUCAGUCUGACUGGGCUUCCAAAAUAAAUAUAAGGCUAUACUUAGAGCUUUCUGAGAUUGUCUAAGGUUCCAUCCAUCCCCACUACAAAUUCAUCUCCUUCCCUUGUCUUUUGCCACUAAUAGCUAAUAACUGAUUCUAUCUGAGUCUGAGAGAAGACCCAAAAAAGGAAAGUGCCUACUUUUUAAUAGCCAGGGCUGGGGAUGAUUCGGCAUUUAUUCCCUGCCACUUGGGGUACCAUCCUAGGACCUUUUAGUUCAUAAAUUCACCACUGUAUUUAAUGCCAAUAAUAUCCUGAUUUAGAAAAGUAGUGCCUACACCACCCACUGAAUGUAUAAAAUGAAGAGAUUGAAUUAAAUAAUCUCAAAGCUCCCCUCCAGCUCAAAUAGUCCAUGAUAAAUCCCUGACCUUCUCCAGCUCAAGUGUUAAUAGCCACAUCUUUGGCAAGACCCCCAAUUAUUAAGCUUAAACUCUCCUGAGCUUAGAGGAAGCACAGAAUCAGAGACAUGAAAUGAGAAGGGACCUUAUUUUUACACAUGAUGAAAUUUUGGCUCAAUAUAACCUGGUGCCCUUGGCACCAUGGGAUGGAGUGCUAAGACCAGGAAAUCUGACUAGGCUGAUGGGCUGGUGUGUGCAGCUGAGUAGGACCUGGGGGUGUAGGGUAAGGGGAGGAUGUGGCAGAUGGAGUUUAUUAGAAACUCCAGGACAAACCCAGGCUCCAGAAAUCCCAGGUCUAGAGUCCAGGGUACAAUGGCAAAUCUUGUAUCUGUCCUUGGAAGGUUUCCCGUGUCCUUGAAAAACUGCAUCCUUCUCUUCUUUCAUAGCAUUGUGAGAUCUAAAGCUGGGAGGGAACGUGAAGAUUGUCCUUGUUCCUUGAGGAAGUUCACUCAAGGGAAGGAGAGGCAAAUCGACCCCAUCAACAGGCUUUUAUUAAGCUUCUUCUAUGUUCUAGGCACUAUGCUAAGCACUGGAAGUACAAAUACAAUGAAUGAAAUAAUUCCUAUUCACAAGCAGCCUACAUUCUAAUGGAAAAAAGAAGCACAUGUAUAAGUAUACAGAAUAAAUACUUUAAAAAUAAAUAUAAAUAAUAGUGAUAAUAACUGGAAUUUGUAUAGUGCUUUAAGAAUUGUGAAGCACUUUAUAUCUGCUAUUUCAUUUGAUCUUUACAACAACCCUAGUUUUUUUUUUACAGAAAAAGAAACUGAGGCAAAUAGAAAUCAAGUAACUUGCCCGUAUCACACAACUAAUAAGUUUUUGAGAUAGGAUUAAAACUCAAAUAUUCCUGAGUCUGGAGCUCUCUCCACAAUGUCACCUACUAGUUUCAAAGGGAAAGUCUUGAAAAAAGGCUUCAAGUGGAAGGUAGUGCAUCCUGGAAGAAGAAAGGCAUUUUAUAAGGAAGAGGUGAAGAGAUAAUGCCUUCUAGAAAUGGGGAUGACCACUGCAAACACAAGAGAUGAUAUGUAAUUCGUAUGAGACAUAGAAAGAAAACUAGCUUGCUUGAAUCACUGGAGGCAUAAGAGAGAGUGAUGUGCAAUGAAUGAGGAUGGAAAAAUAGAUCGGGAAAUGUUAAGGACUUAAAAGUUAAAGAGAAGAACUUAUAUUUGAUCCUAGAAAUGAUAGGGAACCAAUGGAGUUCAUUGAGUAGAAGAGUGAUAUGGCAAGAUCUUACACUGUAAGCCCCACAUGCUGGAAAAUAACAGAGUUGGAAGACUAGCUCAGUUUGUUCUAAAUCUGAUCAAGUUCACUGCCCUUAACUCCUUUAAGCUGGCUCCCUCUAGGUAGGAAAUGCUUCUAACCUCCCUAGAAUGGGAGUUAGGUAUUGCGUCCUCUUCCAAGAAACUACACUUUUAAAUUUUAUGGUAAAUCAUCUUAGAGAGGAUCAGGAAUGCUGAAGCAAGAAUUAGGAGACCCUGGCUCACACCCUGACUCUAGGACUAACUUGUUUUGUGUUCUUGGAUGGUUCGUUUGCCUUCUCUUAAACCAUUGUCCUCACCUAUAAAAUAAGGUUUUGGACCAUGAGGCUUUUAAAGUACAUUUCAUAACCUCUGAUUUCUUAAUCCUAUAAAUCACUCUAAUAUCUCAAAUUGGAAAGAAAAUAAGCAUUUGUUAAGUACCUAUGUAUGUCAGGCACUUCACAAAAAGGACUUAUUUGAUCUCAACAGUUUGGUGAUACAGGUGCUAUUUUCAAUCUCCUUUUGAUAGUUGAGGAAAAUGAGAUAGAGAGCCACUAGUUAAAAGUCUGAAGCUGGGUUUGAACUGUCCACUAUAUCUCCUAGUCUUGAACUUAAUCAAAGCAGGUAUUACAUAGGCUUAGAUAAUGCCUGGAAUUAGUAAGCUUGUGGUCAGAAGGUUUCAGAGAUGAAAAUGUCCAUCCCUGUUUCCCGGUUGAAGAAACUUUUCCCUAAAGAACAUCCUCAAAAGACUCAGAUUCACUUCUGCUGAAGAUAAGCCCUGGGAGAGUAAAUGCUCAGAAAUCCUGCCCUAUAUCUCAUAGGGUUAUAUCAGAAAGAAGGUAUGUGGAAUAGGGGAAUGAAUAAAAAAUUGGUUAAGGAGUACAGCUAUAAAAGCUGGAGAGUGUAAGGAAGAGGGUGCUUCCUAUUUCUCUGAGUCACUCCUCCCAUUCCUCAAAAAAAAAAGUCUUUAUAAUAUGAUGAGAUCUUCCUCUCCUCUCCUUCCUUUCUCUUUCUGCCCUAUUAUUCUAUGGUCCUUUAUAAGGGAGGGAUAUGCAACUACGCAGUAGCUUCCCUGUUAGUGGAACUACUAUCUCCAUCCCAAAAGACCUCUGCUCUAUCCUGGAGCUCUCCAACUCCCUUCUUCAUUCCUGAUGCCUCCCCCAAAGUUUAUCCUUCUCCAGGUCUGAAGGCCCUCUGAUCUCACAGUAGGUGUUGCACCAUUGAAAUUAGGAGAUCCAGAGAAACAUUCUUUAGGUUGGUAUUAAGAAAGCAGGAGAUAAUGGAUUUAGGAUUGCUCAGAACUUGAAGGAACCUCAAGGGAUUGCUUUACUUCAAUCUUUGUGAUAUCUCUCAGAACUAGAGGAACUAGAGGAAUAGGAGAAGCAUAAGCAGAAACAUUAGCUUUCUUUGUUCAUAUAGAUGAUUCAAACUUUUAGAAUAGGGAAAAUGGAAAAAGGAUGCUUGGUUCUAUUGAAAUUUUGCCCCUGGAUCCCAGAAGGACUUUAGUCCUCCAUUUGGUGCCCCAAUUAGAAUAUAAACUCCUUGAGGAUGGAGACAUCUUUAUUAUUUCUACUCUUCUUCCAUCCCUUCCUUACUUUAAUUUAAAAUAUUUUAUUGCAAAAAAAUUCUAACCAUUAUCUGAACCUUAAGAAAAUCAUUUUAUUUAUUUAUUUAAUUGCUGCUGGAGGGUCUUGUCUCAGUGUUGAUGGUUGCUGACCAAUCAGGGUUGCUGAAGGCUGGGGUGGCUAUAACAAUUUUAAAAAUAAGACAGCAUCGAAGUUUGCCUUAUUGUUUGAUUCUUCCUUUCACUUGGAUACUCUGAGGUCAUUAUAGGGUUGCUAAUUGGCUUUAUUUCAAUAUUGUGUCUCAGGAUAUAUGGGACUGGAGGAGAGGAAGAAAGAUGGAGAGAUCUCCAUCAGUAAAAUAGUCAGAAUACAUACAUUAAUUGAUUAAAUUUGCCAUGGUUUAUGGGCAAAGUUCUUGGUGCUCCAAAAUAAUUGGAUCACCGAUCACAGAUUACCAUAACAAAUACAAUAAUAAUGGAAAAAUUUGAAAUAUUGCAAAAAUUACUAAAAUGUGAUAUAGAUACACAAUGUGAAUAUAUGCUGUUGGGGAAAUGGCACUGAUAGACUACUUUGUUGUAGGGUUGUCAGAAGCCUUCAAUUUGUAAAAAAUGCAAUAAAGUACAGCACAUAAAGCCAAGUAGCCAGUAUAUAAUUGCUCCAAAGUAAUCUAACCUUCGGUAGGAGUAAGUAGCCAUGCAACUUUGAGCUCUUUAUCCCCUGGACUACCCAGACUAUCAGAAUCGAAAACAUUUACCCCCUCCUGGAGAAACCUCCCCAAUUUACCCUCACAGAUUGUAAAAUGGAUGAAGCAACUGACUACAAAAGUGUGCCAAUUGCUAUGCUAGGUCCUAGGGACAUAAAGAUACAGAAGGAAACAAUCCUUAUUUUCAAGGUGAUUGCUGUAUUCGAAUGACGACAAGGAUAUAAAUAAGUAUAUAGAGAAUAAAUAUAAUGUGGCUCUCCUCAGGCUCAAAGAUACAUUAUGUAACUAAAUAGCUCAAGAAGCCCCCACUGGUUUACUUAUCUUUCAUAUUCAGCCAGUAGGCAGGUUGAAGCAAAAUUGUUACCUGAGAUGGCAUGGUAAAAACAGUAGCUACAAAACAUUCCCCACUGCAAACCUGGGGCAUAUUUUCCCACAAAUACACCUAGUCUCAGAGGAAACAAUGGGAAGACAUCUAGAGUACACUGAUAAUGAGGCACACAUGUGAUCAAGGCAACAGGCAAUUGAUGAGUUUAGGAGAGACUAAGAAGGAAUACAAGCGGAUACUGGAUCCAGCUUUAACCGGCUUGUGAGAACUGAUUAUUAAAUUUUCAGUGUGAAAAUUUAAACCUCAGAAAUAGGAAUUGCUACAAAAUCAGGCCUUGAUUUAUUAUUUUUAAUUGCUUAGACUUAAGAUAAUCUUAAUGAUGCAGAUUAAAUUUAAAAGCAUCUACAUUUUUUUUUAAAGAGCCCAGUUGUUCAACUCCUUUGUAUUUGUUGAGGAAUAUGCUUGAAAUAAAAGGAAUGAAGUAAAAGGGGUGAACUUAUCACAACACUGCAGACCAACAUCAAACAUGACAACAAUAAAAGUACCUUUAUAUAGUGCUUUCAGGUUUACAAAGUGCUUUAUAUCCAUUAUCUCAUUUGAGCCUCAUAACAUCCCUAGCUAGAUACAUAGAUAUGGAAGUUAUUUCCAUAACAUGGUCAUUGAACUCAUAGAAACUAAUCAGAUAAACAAAAGAAAGAUUACAGAGAGAGAAGAAAAGGGAACACAGAACAGAACCUUAGAGUACACCCAAAGUCAGAGGGUAGGACAUGAAUGAUCCAUCAAAUAGGAUAAAAACCAAGUAAGAGCAGAGUCACAGAAACCUAGAGAGGAGUUAGUAUCCAGAAGAAGAGUAUGCCCAACAGUGAUAGGUGCUGUAGAAAUUUCAAGAAGAAUAAAGGCUAAGAAAUACCAUUGGAUAGAUUUGGGAUGAAAAAUGCCAUCUGCCUCCAGAGAAAGAACUAUGGAGACUGAAUGCCAAUUGAAGUACUAUUUUCAUCUUUUUUGUUUGUUUUUUCUUUCUCAUGCUUUUCCCCUUUUGUUUUGAUUUUUCUUUCACAAUGUGAUUAAUAGAAAUAUGUUUAAAAUGAUUGUAUGUGUAUAACAUAUCAGAUUACUUGCUGUCUGGGAGAGAGUAGAAUUUAAGGGAAGGAGGCAGAAAAAAUUUGAAACUCAAAAUCUUAAAAAAAAUAAUGUUGAAAACUAUCUUUACAUGUAACUUACAUGUAAUUGGAAAAAUAAAAGUAUUGUAUUUUUAAAAAAGAAAUACCAUUGGAUUUGACAAAUCAUUAGUAACUUUGGAAUGAGCAAUUUCAGGUGAAUGAUGUGAUUGGAAGAUCUGACCCCAACUCAUUAUUUAUCCAUAGUGCUUUCAAGUUACUAAAAUAGACUGCCCAUUAAACUAUUGGUCAAAAUUUGAACAAUCUAUUUCUUUAACCAUUUUAUUUUGACUCUAUGGAUGCUAAGCUUCUUUACUACAGCAGAGUACAACUUUUAGUAUCUAUUAUUAUAAUUUGUUCAUUGAUUGAUUCAUUGGAUGGUAAGAGUUGAACUGGAAAAUGAAAGAAUUAUUAUUCCUUCACUGGAAUUGUCCUUUCAUUGGAAAGAUUUUGAGAAUGGUCCCAGUGAUAGUCUGUGUCUGCUUCCCAAAGACCUGCCUGGCUAAGUGUGAAAAGGCUUUAGUGUGAAAUCUUUAGAAGAUGAUUUUUUUUUUUACUAUAGCAACCUAAAAUACGAAUGUCAUCAAUCCAGCACUUUCUGAUUUAAUGAUGACAAUAGUAGAAUAGAAGAAAGGGAAUUGAGGUUUCAUAAUUGCUAGAAUGUCUUUUUAAAUUUUUGUUUUGUUCAGUUGUUUCCAGUCAGAUCCAACUCUUUGUGACUUAUUUGGGAUUUAGAAUGACCACAAACAUUAAUUUAACUACUGCUACAUCAAAUGUGCAUUUUUUUCUUUUUAAAAUUUUAAAAAAUAUUUCUCAAUUGCAUGUAAAAAUAAUUUUAACAUUCUUUUUUCAAAUUUUGAGUUUUAAAUUCUCUCCCUCCUCCCACUGAGAAUUUAAGCAAUUUAACAUAGGUUAUAAAUGGAUAGUCAUAUAAAAUAUAUUUCUGUGUAAGUCAUACUUAAAAAAACAACAACAAAAAAAAACAGAUAACUCUCCUCCCUCCUGAAAAAUGAAUAAAGAAAAAAAUACCUUCACUCUUCA